AUGGCGUUAAGAAAUAUAUAUUUUUUUUUAAAUAUUUUGUUUGCACAGCCUCCCAAAAAAAAAUUGUCCAAAAAGGAAAAGGCUCGUUUAGAGGCUGAGCAAGCGGAAAUGUUACGUUUGGAAAUGGAGCGAGAAAAACUGAAGAAACUCGAAGAAGCUCGACAACGUCGCAAAGUCGAACGGGAACAAGCCAAGCGACGCCUGCAGCUCGAGAUACAAGAAAACAAACAAAGACGGGCACAAUUGAAAAACAGUAUGGCGUUCUUUCAUCAAAUACGGGACAGCACAGAGGCCAUUAAAAUGUCAGCUAAAAAUCAAAAUGAUUGGGAAAAGUUUAUGCGUUGCAAUGGUCUGCCAAAUUCAAACAGUCCAAGUGAUUUGCGCAAAUACAUACAUCAAUGGCAAAUCGAUAUCGAGCGAAGGAAUCGUGAAUCACGCAAUUGGUUAUUGAAGACCAACGAAAGAACACUGCUGACACAAGACACAAAUGUACCGGAUUUAACUAAAGCCACGCUGCGCAAGCAGCAAGGCAAUCUGGGGGAUGUGUAUGCUCAAAGGGUUACGGAGAUAUUGGGGAUUCUAUUGGAGUUGGAUGAAGUUUUGGGGGACAAGCAAAAGCCUUCGCACACUCUAACCGAUUUAAGUAAACUAAAAACGGAAAUAAGAGUUUUGCUAAAAGACUAUUUGGAUGAUUUUACCCAUAAAAUAAUGUCACACAUUGAACGGGACAUGGAAAUUGACCGGUCUGGCGUUUCCAAGCAUAUUUAUGAAUCUGAGGUUUUUAAAAGUUUCAUUUGGACUUUUUCCAAAGAUGCUCAAAUCUCUUUGUGUGCAAAGCCACGCAUUGGAGACCAAAAUCUUCAUAAUGAAAUUGAUUUUCCUUUAAUUGAAAUGCAAAUCUCUUUGCCACCCACGGUCAGCCUCUAUAGUUCAGCAUUGAGGGGUUUAUGGUUAAAUUAUGACCAUUUCAGUGAUUAUUGUCCCAGUUUCAAGCUCAAAAAGCCACGACCAGAUUACAUCAACAUGCUAACACAAACGAAAAAGGAAUGGCGUAAGCGGAAGGAGAUUUUACAAAACAUGCUGGACGAAUGUUCUAAGGAAGUUCCAUUAACAGAAUUGGAACAAUUUGAACACGAACGUGAUUUGACUUCGCAACAAGCCCGUGAGAAAAGCCUUGAUGUGGAUAAAUUGUAUUUAGAGUAUGAGGAUGAAUUGAAUAAGUUGAGGAGAAGAGCCAUUGGUCCAGAGGGGUUUGGUUUAACGGAUACGGAUGUUAAUUUGAGAAAAUAUCGCAUAAUUGGCGGAGUUUAUGGCACAGAUUACUUGGAAACUCCUCAACAGGAUAAACAAUUAAACGCCAGAUCAUUUAUAAGAACAAUUUUUGCUCCCAACAAGUUGUUGCACAAAAAUUAUUAUCAGACCUUCAAACCGCCUCCACCUCCUCAACCUGGAGUCAGACGUUUACCCGAGGAAAUUGAAGCUGAAAUGCGCAUGGUGGAGGCAGCCUUAGACAAGUUGGCUUUGGUGACCGUGCAACUACCAGACAGCGUUAUUUGGUUUGAACCACCCAUUGCCUGUCGUUGGGAAACACAAAUUGAAACUCUGGAAUCCGAUCUGACUGAAGGUGUUAAACAGCCCAUUAGCUCCACCAGUGGCAAUACUACAGAUGCUACACCUUUGUCCACCACUACCAAUCUCAGUCCUUUGAAGAGCCUCUCACCACGUUUUCCAGCUUCCAAAUUGCGCAAGAAAAGUUCACAGAAAUCUAUUGCCAGCAAUUUACCAGUACGAGAAGUUAUUGAUUUUGACAUGUUUCAAAUGUCAAGUGACAUCGACAUUUAUGGUCUGCUUAAGGAUUUCAUAGUGCCGCGUUUGCCACAAGGAUUCUCCGUAAGCAUUGAUACCAGCCGCCUGAAACAGCUGCAACUAAGUAAGCGAAAGCUCAACAAAAACAAGCAAAACCCCCCGAAAGUAUUGUUUUUAGCACGACCUAAAAAUGUGUGCAUCACACCAACACCCACAAUUACCCCAGAGACACUUAAACAUGCACAACUGCCACCAAAAAUUAGAAGAGAUCUACAAACAUUACACAAAACACGUAUUACAGAGGAUUUCUUGGAUUUCGAUGAGCCCAAAGAGUUUUUUCCUUCCAUACAUUUUGAUAAAGUAUUGAAAAUAAAACCCCUGGAUAAGGCGAAUAAACAGCAAGAGUUUAAAUUGAAUUUGAAGACACGAAACAGCAAUGAUGUCCAGGAGAGUAUGGAAAAUAUGAAAUCGAUUAGUCGAGAUGACAGUAAAGGCAGUCUUGUGAGCAUGAAGAGUUCAAAAAGUUCUUCGAGUCAUGGAAGUACAUCGAGACGUUCAUCUGAAAUGAGUGACAGAAAGCAAGUUGCCAAGACAUAUAUGUUUUCUCAGCUAAUUGAGGACUUGGAUCGUUUGUGUGAAUUACAAACACCCGUGCAGCAGGAGGAGCUGCUACAACAGAUUUCAGAAAAUCUAAUGGGCAAAAACAACACAACAAUAAAUGGAAAAGACGUUAGUUGUGAUGAUGCAGAGGCAGCAGGCGAUGAAGGAGAAUCAAAAGCAGCAGCAGCAGAAGCAACAUCAACAUUGACGGAUGUAAUGCAACAACCCGCAGCACUUGUCUAUUAUUCGGGUAUAUCCUUUGUACGUGAUUCAGAGACAUUUAAAACUGGCGAAGAGGCAGACGAGGAUGAAGAGAAUGCUGAAGAAGAUGAUGAGGAGACAAGUACAGAUGAAGAGGAAUACGAUGACGAUGACUACGAAGACUACUUCUUAAAUGAAAACUUAGACAACGAAGCAGCAUUAACAUCCUAUCGCAGUGAAACCAGUGGUGGUACGAGUGGUGUCACUGCUGUUGCUGCUACCACAUCGUCUGGAAAGGAGGCUGGUAUACAUGAUUUUUUAAACAAACACAGUCAUAGCGAUACCAGCAGCACCGGUGAUGGGAUAAGUGAUAAGGGCAGAAGCGCGCCCAAUAAAAUUUUUAAUGCAACUGAUGAGCGCUACAUUGUCAGAAAAAUAAGGCAAAACCCGAAGCUCUCUGCUCCUAAACUGGCUACAGAAGUUAAAAAUGAGCUUAACAAAACAUGUAGUGCAGAAACUAUUCGACGCGUUCUUCGGAAACACGACUUUAAUGGUAGAGUAGCUCGAAAAAAACCAUUUAUUAAUAAGAAAAAUCAAGCAGCACGCCUCAAAUUCGCUAAAGAACAUAUUAAUAAGGACUCAAGCUUUUGGGAACCAGUUAUUUUUGCGGAUGAGUCCAAAUUUAAUAUCUUUGGCUCGGAUGGUCAAACUUAUGUCUGGCGUAAGCCCAAUACAGAACUGCAAAAUCAAAAUCUUAAACCUACAGUCAAACACGGUGGUGGUAGUGUCAUGGUCUGGGCUUGUAUGUCAUCAAGUGGGGUAGGAAACUUGCAGUUUAUUGAGACUACAAUGAACAAAGAUGUAUACCUGGACAUUUUAAAAGCCAAUUUACUGCAAAGUGCCGAAAAACUGGGUAUAAGGCAGCAGUUUCGGUUCUACCAGGAUAACGACCCGAAACAUAAAGCAGGUGUCGUUCAGUCAUGGCUUAUUUGGAACUGUCCCCACUUGAUGCAACCGCCAGCACAAUCACCUGAUCUAAAUGUAAUUGAAAAUUUAUGGGCAAUUUUAGAUCAAAACGUACGCCAACAUCAGAUCUCGAACAGGAAUGACCUUAUAGCAGCGCUGAAAGAGGAAUGGGCCAAAAUAACCCCCAAAACCACUAGCAAGUGUUCAAUUGUUGCUGUUAUUGCAGCAGAAGCUGGUGAUGAUGAUGAUGACGAUGAUGAGAAUGUUGAGGACGAUGUUGUAUUAGGUAAAUGGAGCACACGUGAUGUUCAUGACACAAAAUUCAAUGAAGAUAAACUAUCAAUUCAAUUUCGUACGGGACGUAUGGGAAUAUUUGGUUUUGCUUUGAAUCGAUACAGCAAUAUGCCAUAUCAAACCUGGGAAAUAAAACCCGAUUUAAAGUGUCCCGAAAACAUUCUAUUCAGUUUUACGGCAUCUUUAGUCAGUUUGGACAUCACCAUCACAUCGCAGGGUUUUUGUGUAAACAAUUUCCAAGGUGGCUCUACAGCCUCCAUCAAUGAAAUGAUUGGCAAAACCCUGUCGUUGGAUGCCAUUAAACAGAUUUUGAUUUCGUCAGCCGUCGAUAUAUUCCCCGAUGAGGAUGCAUUCUGCUAUACGGAGGGUUCAUGCGAAAAGAAUUACGUGAUGGAAAUGCAUCUGUAUGCCUGCAUGUCGACACUGUCAUUGUCACACAAUUUCAGUUGGUCACGAUGGAAUCUUUUGGCAGGCAGUCGCACCGCUGUGCUGUUAUUAAGGGAAUUGGUCGAUGGUAAAAAAGUGCCAAAUCAUUCCACUUUGUUGGUGACCCCUUUAAAAACGGCCAUUAUUGAAUGUACAGAAGUUUCGGCCAGUUUUAAUUCGCAAGGCAUUGCUGGCAUGGACUAUUAUGCCGAUUUGUAUCAACUGGCUCAAGUUCAUGCCCAGCCAAGCAGUUUGGAGAAACAACGCAACAUGAAUCCAGAGCUCAGAGAUAAUGUGGCUACGAUUUUAAUGGCCAUUAGACCUUUAAGUUUUUGCUAA